UCUCCUGCAGCCUCGAUUGCAACUACAGUACAUCUAAAUGAACAAUUAUGCAAAUUAGGCGAUGACGUCAUAUAGUGACCUAUUUUCAGGGAAAUUUCCCGUAUUUUUAAAUACAAAACUUGACAGGUAUGAUCUCCAGCCACGACUCAGGCCUGCAACAUUUAUUUCCUGUUGUAUUGUUUUGCCGGCACAGUGUAAAUGAUAUUUAAGUUGAAUAACAGAAGGGACUUUAAUUUUGUAUUUCUCUUUUAUUUUCAAUGAACUAUCAGUAACUUGACUCUUAAUUUGAAAUACUGUUGUGUUUAUUGAGUUUACAGUGAAGAUCAUUCUCUUUAAGGUUUAAGGUGUUGGUAGUAAAUGUACAUGCUCUGUUGCUGAUCCUGUUGUGUUUUGGUGUACGUUAGUUUUCUGGGGGUAAUUUGAGUUGAAUAAUCUGGAAUUGUUAACAGUUACAGUAGAUAGAGAAAAGAACCUAGAGCCCAUCUACAUCGUUAUUCACAUAUAUGGUAGACGGGCUACAGCCAUAAUGUCGGAUAAUACCGCAGACAGGUGGUGGUUAGUGCGGUGCUGCCUCACAGCAAGUAGUCCUGGGUUCGAAUCCACCUUGGUGGAGUUUGUGUGUUCUCCCCGUGUCAGCGUGGGUUUCCUCCCACAGACAUGCAACUGGUGGGCGUGCCCGUGAGUGUGAAUGGUUGUCUGCCUGCAGCAGACCUAUUUUCAGAUUUUCAGCCUAAUCUUAAACAUGGAGAGGGUGUCUGUGAACUCUACAUGAGAAAAUGUACUCAGUGACUGAGAAGUGGUAAUCAGCGUGUGCUGUAGUAACAAAGUAACAAAGCUUUGAAAUGAAAUCACUUCACAGUCAGAACUUUCAUAACCACAAAAGUGUGCUUCAUACAGUCCUGUAUCAUUUCUCAUUGUCAGCUGCUGCUCUGCCGAUGGGCUUCAUUAGGGUUUCAUUCAUUCAUCGAUCGUGAUGUUUUUUUUUUUUUACUCGGUCACUUCACACCGUGCACGUUCAUGUUAGCUGCUGCCACGCCUGACAGGAGCUUCUGUGUUGUGCUGAGGCAGGUUAUUGGCUGAUAGCUGGAUGGAUUAAUCUGUCAGUGGAUCAUUUUCCUCCUGAUGAUCAGCAGAGUGUUUGAGGCUCUCAGAGCUCCUUCAUCAACAAGAGACAAACCGUUAAGAGACAGAGGAAGAGGAAGAGAGAGGAAGAUCAGAGCUUCUUUCAAAGCCUUUGAUGAAACUUCUGCUCACAUCCUGCAGCUGGUUAACCCUCAAAGAUCAGAGAACAUGGAAGAAGCAGAGCAGAAAUUCAUCACAGCUGAGUCUGGACAGAACGUCACUCUGGCGUGUCUGGUUCCAACAACCAGCACAAUCAGAGUGGUAAAGUGGAGCAGAGCUGACCGGGGGAACCAGUAUGUGCUUUUGUAUCAGGAUGGUCUGUUUGUUCCAGAUGAUCAAGAUCCAUCCUUUAAGAACCGGGUGGAGCUGCGGGACAGACAGAUGAAGGAUGGAGACGUGUCUGUGAUCCUGAAGAACGUGACGAUUAAUGACGCUGGAACAUAUGAAUGUCGGGUCUUCACAGAAGAAACACGCACACUGAAAUUAAUCAUAAACAUCACCCUGAGAGUUGUUGCUCCUCCUCCAGCUGUGAUCCCUGCACAGCCUCAGCUUUCUGGACAGAACGUCACUCUGACAGGUCGAGCUCCAAACAGCAACACAAUCAGAGUGGUAAAGUGGAGCAGAGCUGAUCAGGGGGACCAGUAUCUGCUUUUGUAUCGGGAUGGUCAGUUUGAUCCUGAUAACCAGCAUCCAUCUUUCAAGAACCGGGUGGAUCUGAAGAACAGACAGAUGAAGGAUGGAGACGUGUCUGUGAUCCUGAAGAACGUGAUGAUUAAUGACACUGGAACAUAUGAGUGUCAUGUCGCCAAGAAACAAGAGCGUUAUGAUCUGCAUAUACGACGACAGGUGAUGGUCGCUGAGCAGAAAAUCAUCACAGCUGAGUCUGGACAGAACGUCACUCUGACAGGUCGAGCUCCAAACAGCAACACAAUCAGAGUGGUAAAGUGGAGCAGAGCUGAUCAGGGGGACCAGUAUCUGCUUUUGUAUCGGGAUGGUCAGUUUGAUCCUGAUAACCAGCAUCCAUCUUUCAAGAACCGGGUGGAUCUGAAGAACAGACAGAUGAAGGAUGGAGACGUGUCUGUGAUCCUGAAGAACGUGAUGAUUAAUGACACUGGAACAUAUGAGUGUCAUGUCGUCACAGAAGAAACACACUCACCAAAAUUAAUCGAAAGCAUCACCCUGAGAGUUGUUGCUCCUCCAGACCAGAAAACCAUCACAGCUGAGUCUGGACAGAACGUCACUCUGACAUGUCGAGCUCCAAACAACAACAUCAUAGUGGCAGAGUGGAGGAGGCGCGACCUGAAGGGACAGUAUGUCUUGAUGUACCGAGAUGAGCAGCUUGAUCCAGAACACCAGCAUCCGUCCUUUAAGAACCGGGUGGAUCUGCAGGACAGAGAGAUGAAGGAUGGAGACGUGUCUGUGAUUCUGAGAAAUGUGACGACUGCUGAUAAUGGAACAUACGAGUGUCGCGUCGUCCACGGUGUCAGACAACCUAUGAGACUCAUCAGCAUCAUCUACCUGAGAGUAGUUCCUCCUCCAGGAUCCGCUGGUCUGAUCGUGGGUCUGAUCGUUGCUGCUCUGCUUCUUCUUGGAGCUGCUUUGUUCAUCCACAGAAGAUGGAAACAACAACAGAGUGUCAGAGGCUGCCUGCCUGAUGCACAGCAGCAGCUUCAGAGUGAUUCUUCCCUUUAG